CCUGAGCGCUGCUGGGCUUAGAUUCUGGCCCGGCUUGGAACCUUCUCCCGGCAAAUGUUGAAACGAUUUAGCGUGAGCCGAUUUUCUGGGCCCGCUCCAUCGCGAAAUCUCCUGACUCUGCCAUUGAUAGCGCCAGCAGCUGGGCAAGGGGCCCCACGGACGCUCCAGCUGGCGCCCGCGUUGCGGGCUGGGCCGCAAGAACAGCCCAGUAACCAGCCCACAACAACAGCAUCGCUACUGUCCGAAUCUGGGAGCGAAACUGACGAGGAGCAGGAUGACCCUCUGGCGUCAAUACUGGACGCCGAAGUGCAAGGCGAUGAGGGCAACAAGCCUGCGCUGGGGCCGCUCGCCGGCCUCGGCUCCAUAGGCGGCAUCGUGCUGCUGCUAGGUGUCGGAGCCUUGCUCAAAGACAACGUCCGGGACUUCCUGGAGUUUUUCAUCGGCGCGGUGGAGAGCUGGGGCCCUCUGGGUUACCUGGCGUAUGCGGGCGUGUACACGGGUCUGGAGGUGCUGGCGGUGCCGGCCAUACCGCUCACCAUGACCGCGGGCAUCAUCUUCGGUCCCAUCCCGGGCACCAUCAUCACCUCGCUCUCGGGCACGCUCGCCGCCACCAUCGCCUUCCUCAUCGCGCGCUACGCCGCGCGCGACAAGGUCCUGCGGUUCGCGCGUCGCAACACCCGGUUCAACGCCAUCGACAAAGCCAUUGCACGGAACGGCUUCAAGUUCGUGACGCUGCUGCGGCUGAGCCCGCUGCUGCCGCUGGCCGCCUCCAACUACCUGUACGGCCUGACGUCCGUGGACCUGGGCUCCUACGUGGCGGGCAGCUUCCUGGGCAUGCUACCCGGCACCUAUGCCUACGUCACCACUGGCCACCUGGGCAAGGCGGCGCUGAUGGAUGGCGAGGGCAGUCUGGGCGUGGAGUCGUGGCAGGUGGCGCUGGGUUUGGGCGUCACGCUGCUGGCCAUCGGAUACGUGGGGCAGCUGGCCAAGGGCGCCCUGGAGGAGGCGGAGAAGGAGUCGGACAUGGAGGAAGAGGAGGAGGGCGAAGCGGCAGCCAGCAGCAGCAGCCGGAAAAGCCAAAACGGCAAUGGCAACGGGGCGAGCCAUGCGAACGGCCAAGGCAGCAGUAACGGCAACGGUAACGGCAAAGGCAAGCCGUCGUCCCGGUAGCUGCGGGUAGCUGCGGGCGCAUGCGCAGGGCCUCACGGCUGAACCGGCGGAAGGUCAAGACGGGUGUUCAUGGCACAAGGAGGCGGCGGUGUUGGUGGCUGUCAAGUGCAGAGAUACGGCUCGUGGGCUGCGGACGUGGCGCACAACUCAGUGCCGGGCAGCAAACCUGGUUCGCCCGAGAGGGCCAGGGUGUAUGUGUAUGAGCUGGUGCGUGUAUCCUAUGCCAUUGCUGUUGGUCCACCUCGUAGAUGGGUGAACAAAGUACAGAUGGAUCGUGUGGGAGGCAGUGCGGGCAGAAGUGGAUAAACGACAGCAGAAAGGUCAGUUACGGUGCAUGCAGGAUUGCAGGUUGGAAAUGAAAUGGCGAAGGAGGACCUUGAAUGCGUGUUGGGUCUCCUCGAAGUAUACCGCCAGCAUGCAGUGUGGACUGAAUGACAUCUUUUGCGGCUGCUUUGGGAGUGCUGGGCCAUGAAGGCGGUGGUUGUUGUGCGCAUGGCUUGCCCGCUGGGGUAGGCUUGGGUGCGCAUAGCAGCCGGGGGUGCAUACUGUACAAAAGCGAGGUAACGUGGUGGACAAUGGCUCUUGCGUUUUACAGGGCAAAGUUUAGGUGGCACGGCUGUGCUCAUCAGGUAGGCAGGGUAGGAUGCAGACGGUCCAUGUGUCGGACAGCGCCAGCAGGAGCCAGCGUGGACAGGAAGGCUACAGUCUGACCGUCAUGGUGGUGUGUGCGUGGCUUAACGGCGCCAGUGAGUGGCGACAUUUUUGUUGCGUUGGGGAUUGCAUGUCGCAAUUGGUGGGCCAAACAGGAUGAUGCGUAGGUAGAAACGACAAAUGAAGUUGUCGGAAACGUUGCUGGAAACGUCGGACCUGCCGGACUGUGGUGUACAGCUGGAGCGACACCCACGGGCGGGCCUGUUCAAUACAGUGUCGCUUUAUAUGCAUACGUGAACCAGUGUCCGUUAGGGCAGAAUUCCCAUGGCGACGGGGCUCGCCCCUGCGGCGUAACGCGUGCGGUAUCCGGCAUGGGUGCGGGCACAUUGCCGCUUAGCCCGCAUGGGCUCAAUGCGGGGGAUGGUAGCCUGGGGAUGCGCAGGCCAGGCGCCUUUGCCUCAACUCUGGGAGGCCACCCCGCCCUGCAAGUGCACGACAGA